AUGUGGCCGCGGCGGUCAUCACCAACCGUAACCGUAAGAACAAUAGCGGCCAGUACCAGAAACAGCUCAAGGACCUUGUCCGCAUUGUCAAGCAGGAGUUGUAUGAAUAUCAUGACCCCAUCACCGAUUUUUGAGGCGGAGGAGGUGCUGGGGAGUGACUUUUUUCUUGCGUCUUCUGCCGCUUCAUUUGUCGACUCGGCAAGACAUUUGAUCUCUGAGUCUUAUUGCAAGAUUCACCAGCGGAUCGACAUCAAAGAUCUUGCUCAGCGUUUGAAUCUUACCCAAGAUGAGGGCGAGAAGUGGAUUGUCAACCUCAUCCGCGAUACUAGAGUAGAUGCUAAGAUCGACUACAAGGAUGGGACUGUUAUAAUGAACCAUCCUCCACAAUCAGUAUACCAGCAAGUUAUUGAGAAAACUAAGGGAGGUUUGUUUAGAACGCAAGUGCUCACUGCUGCGGUUUCAAAAUAAUGGGUUGUUGUAUCUAUUCUUUUCCUACAUUUUUAUUCGUGUUCUCUUUUCCAUCCGGCAGACUAAGGGCUAGGUGGUUGUUUUAUGCGAAAAAAGUUCACGUAUUCAUAUAUUCAUGGACGUUGACAUUGGUAUGGAGGUUUUGUGUAAAUAAAAAAGGGACCUGCAGUAGAUCACAACCAUAGUUGUUUGGGAUACCCCAUGUUAUCUGUUCAUGAUAUUACUGUA